UCCAUAACCCCCUACUACGACAACGGCUCCAUAACCCUCUACUACGACAACGGCUCCAUAACCCCCUACUACGACAAUGGCUCCAUAACCCACUACUACGACAAUGGCUCCAUGACCCUCUACUACGACAACGGCUCCAUAACCCACUACUACGACAAUGGCUCCAUAACCCCCUACUACGACAAUGGCUCCAUAACCCACUACUACGACAAUGGCUCCAUAACCCACUACUACGACAAUGGCUCCAUAACCCACUACUACGACAAUGGCUCCAUAACCCCCUACUACGACAACGGCUCCAUAACCCACUACUACGACAAUGGCUCCAUAACCCACUAUUACGACAAUGGCUCCAUAACCCACUAUUACGACAAUGGCUCCAUAACCCACUACUACGACAAUGGCUCCAUAACCCACUAUUACGACAAUGGCUCCAUAACCCACUACUACGACAAUGGCUCCAUAACCCACUACUACGACAACGGCUCCAUGACCCUCUACUACGACAACGGCUCCAUAACCCACUACUACGACAAUGGCUCCAUAACCCCCUACUACGACAACGGCUCCAUAACCCCCUACUAUGUCAACGGCUCCUACUACGACAACAGCUCCAUAACCCCCUACUACGACAACAGCUCCAUAACCCCCUACUACGACAACGGCUCCAUAACCCCCUACUACGACAACAGCUCCAUAACCCCCUACUACGACAACGGCUCCAUAACCCCCUACUACGACUACGGCUCCAUAACCCCCUACUACGACAACAGCUCCAUAACCCCCUACUACGACAACAGCUCCAUAACCCCCUACUACGACAACGGCUCCAUAACCCCCUACUACGACAACGGCUCCAUGACCCCCUACUACGACAAUGGCUCCAUGACCCUCUACUACGACAACGGCUCCAUAACCCCCUACUACGACAACGGCUCCAUAACCCCCUACUACGACAACGGCUCCAUAACCCCCUACUACGACAACGGCUCCAUAACCCCCUACUACGACAACGGCUCCAUAACCCCCUACUACGACAACGGCUCCAUAACCCCCUACUACGACAACGGCUCCAUAACCCUCUACUACGACAAUGGCUCCAUAACCCUCUACUACGACAACGGCUCCAUAACCCCCUACUACGACAACGGCUCCAUAACCCCCUACUACGACAACGGCUCCAUAACCCCCUACUACGACAACGGCUCCAUAACCCCCUACUACGACAACGGCUCCAUAACCCCCUACUACGACUACGGCUCCAUAACUCCCUACUACGACAAUGGCUCCAUAACCCUCUACUACGACAACGGCUCCAUAACCCCCUACUACGACAACGGCUCCAUAACCCCCUACUACGACAACGGCUCCAUAACCCCCUACUACGACAAUGGCUCCAUAACCCUCUACUACGACAACGGCUCCAUAACCCCCUACUACGACUACGGAUGUUGGUACUUCAACACGUCGAAGGCCCGGAGCAACUCCCCAAAGAUGGUGGACGAGAAGCUAUCGGCUUGGACCAAGGCGUCAAGUGCCUUGUUCGAACUACCAUUGGCCUCCAGCGAGACGCAAAUGGUCAUGGACUCGUCAACGUGCUGGAACGAGACGCCAACAGUCUCAAACGAAGCCCAAACGGCCUGGAGUGGGACAGGAACGGACGGGGCUCAGACUCACCAACCGCCAAGGCUUGACAUGUGAGAUCACAGUCUAGCUGGGAGGGCCGGUGUGAGGGCCUCCACAGCCACCCUCACAUUACACUGGUCAGGUCACUUUGUGUUGUAUGAGUGAGGUCAUGCUAUACAA